UGUCCGUGACACAGGAGAGGCAUGACUCUCCCUGACAAGCAGAAUAAAGAAUAACCUGUGGGCGCUCAGACACCUGCUGCACCUGAUGCAUUUACCAAGGACACACUGGUUCGCUUCUGCUUCAGGAUAGUAGCCGAGUCGUUACUGAAAGGCUUUGGAUAACUGGGAUAGAUACUGCUUCCCUCCUUUUAUUUUCUGGUGGUCCAGCAAGAAAACGGAAUGGGGCUGAAAACUCGGUGGCUGCAGAGUUCCCUAAGGAACGUGGUGUGCCAGGGUGUCAUCACGUGCUUGUUGCUCUCAACAGCUACAGCAUAUACUGAAACUGGUCCAACUACAGAUGACUCUUUACAUACUACUCUUCCCCAAAUGCCCAGUGCAUCAACUUCUGUUGCAACAUCCAUUGCCACAUACUCCACUGAAAUGGCUACGUCACUUACAUCAGCAGUGAACUCUACAAGUAAACCAGUAGUUGACACCACAUCUUCAAGCAAUACAACUGUUUUAUCAGCAAAUUCCACUGUCAAAGAAACUACAUUAUCAAAUACUACUUCAGCAGUUACAUCUACAAAUUCAACAGGCGAAACAGAACUUUCGGUGCCAAUGUUAAGUACAACGUCUCCAAUGACUCAAAGUGCUGCACCAAACAUCACAGACACAACCACAAGUACAAAUCUUACUACGGUAUCUUCUUCAAAUUCAACAGAGCAUGCAACUGGAAGUGAACUGACAUCAGCACCUACAGCAACAGAUCCAAAUCCAUCUACAGUGAAUGUCACCUCCUCAUUUACAGAGAUAACAAAAGAAACCCAAAAUCCAUCUGAAACAAGUAGUACUGUAGAUAAUAAAGAAACAACUGUACAUGAAGCAGUUAGUGAAGCAACAACAUCACCAUUCACUAUAAGCACAAGCCAAACAUCAACAUCCAAGAAAGUAACAGAUACAAGUGAGGCUACUACUGUUGUUGGCGUCGGAGAACCAAGAGCAUUGAGUUCAGGAAGUGUUGCUGCCAUCACAAUAAUUGUAAUUUUAUUAGUAUUAUUGGUGUUUGGAGGAGCAGCCUUUUGGAAGAUCAGGCGUUCAUCCUAUGGAAGACUACUUGAAGACCAAGAUUAUGGCUCCUUGGGAAACUACAACAAUCCCCUUUAUGAUGACUCUUAAAAUCAUGGACGCUGCCUAUAUCUGCUACAUGUUGUUUGUAUUGUUUUUCUGAACAAAAAAAAAAGCAGCUUAGAUUAUUUUCCCCUUUAAAUUUUCAUACCAGUGAAAUGCCUUCUUUGCUUGAUACCUUCUGUGCAAUGAACAAAACACAAGUAUUAACUGCAAUUACACGUAACAUUUCUGUAAUAAAGGAGGAGCUUAUUAUAACUACAGAGUUCUAGUCCAAAAAUCCCAGUGUUCUAAUUCUGUUUUUUUUCUUUGUCUUUUCAUCAAUAUACACAAAUAAAUUUCAAUUUCUA